AAGACUUUUACUGAAGCACAAAGUUACUGCAGAGAGAAACACACAGACCUGGUCACUGUAGAGAGCAUGGAGCAUGUGGAGUUCCUGAACAGCUUGGCAGCAACAGCAGGAUUUUCCUCUAACACCUGGAUCGGACUGUAUGAAGGCAGCUGGAGCUGGUCACUGUCAGACACAAGCUUCUACGGACCAGGAGAGGAGGAGUUCAGACGAUGGGAUUCUCAACAACCAGACAAUUCAGGAGGUGAUAAACACUGCACAAAGAUGAAACAUAAUGGAAAAUGGGAUGAUGCCAGCUGCACAGAGAACAUUCGGGCCGUCUGCUGUGAUGUGAGAGGUGAGAAUAUUGCUGAGUGA